GCAGCUCUCCCCCCUGCAUUGCUCAAAGCUACCACCUCCCAUUUCGACAAGUCGAUACCAUCCAUCAUGGCCCCCACUGAUGCGACCCCACUCGUCAAGAAAAAUGCUGAGAAGCUGCCUUUCCCUCUCGGCCUCGUCUCCCCAGGUGUCCGACCUUACCUGGAGCUCAUUCGCUUCCACAAACCUACAGGAACAAUCUUGAUGUUCUGGCCUUUCGCAUGGGGCUUGACUUUGGCGGCGUAUCGCACUGAACUUCCUCUCAAUCGUUAUUGGGUUGAACUCGCGAAGUCUCUUUUUGCUGCUUUCAUUGUUCGUGGGUCGGCAUGUACGAUCAAUGACAUUUUCGACCGAGAAUUCGACGCAGGGGUCGAAAGAACAAAGGGUCGCCCCUUAGCUAGCGGUCGUGUUUCUGUUUUUGCUGCAGUCGUAUACCUCAUCAUUCAAUACAUAAUCGGGAUCAUGGUUUACGUCUCCUACAAUGACAUCGCUCUAUACGCCGCCAUCCUCCAGCUCCUUCCUCUAUUCCUCAUAUAUCCUCUCAUGAAGCGAAUCACAUAUUGGCCGCAGGCAUGGCUGGGCAUUUGCAUGAACUUCGGUCUUGUCGUUGCUUGGGCGGCAGUUACUGGUGGCCUUGACACCCAGCUGCUCGCUGUGUUGAUGGCGGGGACUUGGGGAUGGACCAUGCACUACGAUACCAUCUAUGCAUGCCAGGACCGUCGUGAUGACAUCAAGGUCGGUGUCAAGUCGACUGCAGUUAUGCUCGGCGACUACGUCCGCCCCUUCUGCUUCGUCCUCUCUAUGAUGUUCAUCGGCACCCUGUACUACGCUGGCAUCCUCAAUCACCAGACUCCUUAUUACUUCUGGAUUUCCGUUGGUGGCACCGCACUUCACAUCCUUUAUCAAUACGCCACUGUGGACCUCGAUUCGCCAGACAGCUGUGGUCUUAACUUCAUCCGCAAUGGCCACUUGGGAUGGAUCACCUGGGCGGGUAUGAUGGUUGAUUAUCUUGUCAAAAUCGACCAGCUUCCCGUCAAGCUGCCUUUCUGAUUCUUUUUAUGCCUUUCGUUUGCGUGCGAUUUGUGAUCAGAGUUUCGUCUGGAGACGGCCCAUCUAGAGAGCGCCAUCGCUGGCACUAUGAAAAUUCCUGAAUCUGUUACAUGUGUUCACUAUGCGCCUCCCUUGUUGUAAAGAAUACUGUCUAAUGAUCAACCAGAGCCUGACUAUC